AUGCCAACCGCAUAUUUCGAGGAGGUUACAGCGACAGAGGACCUGCUGCGAUGGGCGCUCCGCAUCCUCAUCAUAUUGAUGGACGAGUGUGACGACGGCAACGAGGAUGACCCCAACGGGUCCGCCAUCUGCGUCAUCACCAUCAUCGUCAUCAACAUUGCCGUCUUUGGAGAGGUCGACCCCCACACUGACCUGCCAUACGAGCUCGACGCCGACGUGACCCACCCCCUCUUCCUGUCCCCACUGGCCCACAUCCGCCACGGCUUGCCAGCGAACUUUGGCUUCUCCAGCCCGUUCCCGACCGACCUCUGCCAGUGGAACGCUGCCACCUGCAACGUCCGCCCCGAGGGCCACGGUUCCAACUUUGCAAUCUUCUCGUACCCGUUGUCUGCCCUCAUUCCCUUUAUUGGCGAGCACCACCAGACGUCGCAACGCGUGCUCGACGUCCUCGUCGCUCAAGGUGUCCUCGACGAGCCAGUCGUCCUUCCCCCUUUCGUCCCCGACGAGCGGUUCGUGUCUCUUCUCCAGUUCAACGCGGUCCCGGGGUACAAGCUCCAGCUCUUCACCUCCCACAAUGGCCCCGUCAAGGGCAUGGUGGACUCCGACCUCCUUGUUCCGGCUGAGCUGAGUGUCGCUCUCGACAGGCUCGCAAGCACCGGCCCUGCCUCCUUCCGUCCCGUCCUCCCCGCCGCGACCGUUGUCUCCAGUUCUUCCUCCUCGGCCAGCGUUGCCACUUUUACAGUGGUCAACUUCGCCACACACACCCGCGGCCAAGAUGGUCGCCGCAAGACGCACGAGCAGCGCCGCAAGGACCAGGCGAGAUGGAUCGAGCAGGAGAUCCAGGAGAUGGUGCAGACGCUGGCACCGUUCGCGAAGAACGCCCGCUGGGGAGACAGGUAUCGGUUCCCGGAGAGGGCAUGGGCGUCCGUGGUCAAGGCCGUUAACGCUGUUGGUGACCAGCCAAAGUCGCUCGAGCAGUGCAUGCUCAAGUGGCAGACGCUCCACGGUGACUACUCCGCGUGCGCCGCCUCCUCCAACAUCACGCGUUUGGCGCUGUGGGAGGCCGCGGCCAACCAGAACGUGUCCCCCGCUUGCCUUCGCGCCACCUCUUCCCUGCCCUUUGUUGACUAUUUCGGCUUCAUCGCUGGCGUUGACCAGAGCCUGCUUACCGCCAACGAGCUCGCUGCCGUCACCAUUCUCGCCACCUUCUCGCUUGGCCUCGACGUCGUCAACCGGCGCGAGGUUGCAGUGGCCACUGCUGCUGCCAAACACGACCACAAUCUCGCUCCUGGCUGGACCUCCGCCGACGUCGACGCGCUCCUCGACAGGAUUGGCACUCUCCUGGCGAACGGUAUGAGCUCUAUUGGUGCACUCACACCCGCCCACUACACUGCCGUUGCAGCCUCGCUCCCGCGCUCACCCGGUGCCGACAUGUUCAAGUCGCCUGAGGUUUGUGCAAAGGUGUUCAAGUUCCUUGUUAAAAAACGCAACCUCGUCACGCGUGUCAUCCAGCUCGAGGGCAUCAACUGGAACCCUGCGACCUGCCGCGUCGACGGCACCACUGAGGCGUGGGGAGGUGUUCGCCAAGUAAUCGAGAAGCGCCCCUUUGCUGUUGUUCGCUGGGUGUAUCUACCCACGUUCGACAAGAUCAACGCUCUCUUCGCUAGUCCAACGCACGAUGUGUCACGGGCCAAAACUGCUUUGGCCCUCUCUGGUGCCGCUACUAAGCACCACCUUAGCACGAGCGCCGUCAUUGGCGAGACCGAGAAGAAGGGUAUCAAGGCCCACGAUCCCAUCAAGUCCAAGGGCAAGCGCCGUGCUCGCUCAGUCGACGGCGAUAGCGAGGCGUUCGAGGCCACUCCUGUUCCCGCCGCCAAGAAGCGGAAGAUCAAGACCGAGGAGGACAACGAUGAUGGUGCGGUGGCCGCCGGUUCAUCAGCAAGCUCCACCUCGGACGCCAGCAAGGUCAAUGGGAAAUGUCGGAUGUCGAGCUGCUGCUCUCGGUUCUUGUGUCGCAUGACGGUGUCGCAUGACGGUGUCAAGAUUGUCAAGGCCAAGGGCCAAGGGAUCGGGACCCGCCUGGACCGACGACGUGUGGCAUGA